CCUUUCUAAUCCCUAGCAUAUUUACUUUAAUUUUCUAUCACGGUUUUUCAAAACUCUUUUCUUUCGCCUAAAACGAUGUCGCUUCGACCGAGCGCCAGAACCGAGGUUCGCCGGCACCGUUACAAGGUGGCCGUGGACGCCGAUGAAGGUCGACGAAGAAGAGAAGACAACAUGGUGGAGAUCCGGAAAAGCAAGCGUGAAGAAAGCUUGCUUAAGAAGCGCCGUGAAGGGCUCCAAGCAUCGGCUGCUCCUCUUCCCAAUCUCAGCCUCCAAAACAAGUUGGAAAGUCUGCCUUCGAUGGUGGCUGGGGUUUGGUCGAACGAUAAAAACAUGCAGCUCGAAGCAACUACUCAGUUUCGGAAACUGCUUUCCAUUGAGAGGAGUCCUCCGAUCGAGGAAGUGAUACAGUCUGGGGUUGUUCCGCGCUUUGUUGAGUUUCUUAUGAGAGAGGACUUCCCGCAACUUCAGUUUGAGGCUGCUUGGGCUCUUACGAACAUUGCUUCUGGAACAUCAGAUAACACUAAGGUGGUGAUUGACCAUGGUGCUGUUCCUAUAUUUGUGAAGCUACUUGCUUCUCCAAGCGAUGAUGUUCGUGAACAGGCUGUUUGGGCACUAGGAAAUGUUGCUGGUGAUUCACCCAGGUGCCGUGAUCUUGUGCUUAGCCAAGGAGCUUUGAUGCCAUUACUGGCACAAUUGAAUGAAAAUGCAAAACUGUCGAUGCUAAGAAAUGCCACAUGGACACUAUCCAACUUCUGCAGGGGCAAACCACAGCCACCAUUUGAUCAGGUGAAGCCUGCCCUUCCGGCACUUGCACAGCUUGUUCAUUCAAAUGAUGAAGAAGUCUUGACUGAUGCCUGCUGGGCACUCUCCUAUCUUUCUGAUGGUACAAAUGACAAAAUACAAGCUGUGAUUGAGGCUGGUGUUUGCCCACGACUUGUUGAGCUCCUUCUUCAUCCAUCUCCCUCAGUACUCAUUCCUGCCCUGCGGACAGUGGGAAAUAUUGUCACAGGAGAUGAUAUGCAGACUCAGUGUAUAAUUCACCAUGGUGCUUUGCCCUGUCUUUUGAGUCUGUUGACCCAUAAUCAUAAAAAGAGCAUCAAGAAAGAAGCUUGCUGGACUAUAUCAAACAUUACAGCUGGAAACAGGGAACAAAUUCAGGCUGUAAUUGAUGCUGGUUUAAUUGGCCCCCUUGUUAAUCUACUUCAAAAUGCUGAGUUUGAGAUAAAGAAAGAGGCUGCUUGGGCAAUUUCAAAUGCCACCUCUGGUGGUACACAUGAGCAGAUCAAGUACCUCGCCGAUCAGGGAUGUAUAAAACCACUCUGUGAUCUCUUUGCAUGCCCUGAUCCACGGAUUGUCACUGUCUGUCUGGAAGGCUUAGAGAACAUUUUGAAGGUUGGGGAAGCUGAGAAGAGUAUGGGCAACACUGGAGAUGUUAAUUACUAUGCCCAAUUAGUAGAGGAGGCUGAGGGUUUAGAAAAGAUUGAAAAUUUACAAAGUCAUGACAAUAAUGAGAUCUAUGAAAAGGCAGUUAAGAUUCUUGAAACGUUCUGGUUGGAAGAGGAGGAUGAGGCACUACCUCCAGCUGAUGGUGCCCAGCCAGGUUUCCAAUUUGGAGGGAGUGAGCUUCCAGUUCCAUCUGGUGGAUUCAACUUUAGCUGAAGUUCCAUAUCACAGUUUACUUCACAUGCAGGAGUGAGGGGAUAUUUAGUUCAUCUAAUGGAACAGAUGUUCAUACCGGGUUGACAAGAGUAUAUGUGAGGUUCAAGUCUGCUGUGGUUGGGUCAGGCACCUUUACAUGUCUGGUUACAGGUUGGUCCAGUGUCUAUUGUGGUUGAAGAGUUGCCGACGGAGGUCAGUCUAUACUACGGUGUCCAAUAAGUUGAGGCCAGUUGGGUUUAAUUACAGCAUGAGGGUGACCGUAAUUUUAGCUGAAGAAACCUGAGAAUGAGAUGUAUUAGAAAUGGUGUUGAUGCAAAGGCGGGGAUGUCCUUGAAGGGGUAGUGAUUGUCAAGACAGCAUUGAGUUUUCAAUUUGUCCUUGAGUCUUGGUUGUAAGGGAAGAUUCUACGGUUAGGCAUUUGUUUUUCUUCAUGGUGGGUGAGUAUAUUUAUAGUACAAAGAAAACCCUUUUAUUGUGGUGCAUUGAAAGAAACUGGCAAGUAUUUUAUGAAUGUGUGAUUCUCGUGUUCCUUAACUAUUAAUAUAUUUUAGCUAUGGCUAUUUUUGGUUUGUAAAA